UGACACACUAGACCCUCUUAGUGGGCCCGGCCCUUUCUGCCUGGGGGGGUAAGCUAGGACAUUCCCCACCUGCCCGCAUUGCACCUCAAGAGCAAGCUGCAAGUGCUACCUAUUUCGUUGCUUUGCUUCGAUAAACCAACUGAUUAAACGAUAAAACCGUACUUUCAAACCCAAACCCAAAACCCGUAAACCCAUAACACGCGUUGAACAACUUCCUGCGUUCAACUUUGUCCAACCACAUUUUUGAAAAUCUCCCACUUCCGUUAACCCGCUGUCCCCAUUCUAACCAACUCAAGCAUUCACCUUUCCAGCUUAUGAAUUAGCUAUUAGAACCUACAAGUUAUGGCGGACCAGUCCAUCAUCCGCAUCACCAAGGAAAUCGGCGAGCUUCAGAAGAGUUCAGACCUUUCCCUCGCCGUGGCCUUUCGCGACCGCGAUGUCCGAAGCGUCAAAGCCCUCAUCAUCGGCCCUCACGAGACCCCCUACGAGUUCGGAUUCUUCGAGUUUUCCGUCAAGUUCAACAGAGACUACCCGCGAAAAUCACCUUCCGUCACUGGAACAACUACCAACGGUGGACGAUGCCGAUUCAACCCGAAUAUAUACGCUUCGGGGAAAGUGUGCCUGUCAAUUCUUAGCACAUGGCGAGGAGAGCGAGGUGAGGAGUGGUCUGCUGCUCAAGGCCUAGAAUCUAUCCUACUCUCAAUACAGAGUCUCAUGUCAUCGAAUCCUUACGAGAACGAACCGGGCUUUGAGGACGCGAACGAGAUCCACGACAAGAAGAACCAGAAGGAGUAUAUCGCGAAGAUUCGCCAUGAAACGCUGCGCAUCUCAGUGAUUCAAAGACUGGAAGAAUAUUUGGGGCUCAGCGGAGGUUGUCUCCCAACAGCAUCUUCGGCCGAACAAGAAGAGUACGGUAUGGAAGCGGAUGAUGAUAUCGACAUUGACGAUGCAAGCGUUCCUUGGGAGCCGUUCAAGGACCUUUGCAAGCGUCGUUUCCUCUGGUAUUAUGACUCAUAUCUAGAAAGCAUUGCCAAGGCGAAAGAAGAGGUUAAGGACGGUCAGCCGUUUGCACGCAUGCCUUUCGAAGGAGCAUCUAACUCCAUGGACGGAAAGUUCAACUACACCGAACUUGAAAAAAGAAUAAAACGAAUCAAGGCCGCUUUAGAUGCAGAGGCAGAAAAAUGGGCGUCAGACUGGGCAUCGCCUAAAAUGAAAGAUGCCACCGUUGCCGUCAACCUUACCCGACAGUUCGAACAGAUCAAGGAAUCCUUUAAGCGCAGCGAUGUCCCCCACAGCGUCGAAUUAGUGAAUGGAAACCCCUUCGUAUGGAACCUUACCUACUUCGGACGACCUAUGACGAACUUAGAUGGAGGUAUGUUCCGAAUCAAGUUCAACUUCAGUCCCCGUUUCCCUGAAGAACAACCGAGGAUCAAAUUCCUGACCCCCGUAUUCCACCACCGGAUUGCAGCAGAUGGCACUCCGUGCUACUUCCCGAAUUCGAGCCGCCGCGAAGAUAUCAAGCAGCACAUAGAAGCAAUCAUCGAGGCUUUGGAAGAGGAGCAGCCCCCUUACGACCCGAGAACAUUAGUUCACCCCGAGGCCCAUAAACUAUACUGGGGCACCCCCGAGCAGAGAAAGCUAUACAACAGACAGUUGCGCAGAUCAGUCCAAAGAAGCAUGGAAGAUUUCUUGUAGAGUUUCUACGACUAACAACUACGGAUGACUGUCCCGGGAACCAUAUAAAUGGCUUCUCCGGUUGUAUCAGAAGACUGCCUGGUACUGGAAGCUAUCAGCUCCCAGCAGGUAUGGCGAGUGCGUUUCGGGGAGUUCUUAAUAGCGCGUUUAUUCCUUGACGUUCCGGAUAGGAACAUGAAUGUACUCCCAAGGGUUGCCGGUCUCAGGGCUUACGGUUAGGUACGCCGCCGCCGAGAUAGACGGCUUCUAGACUAGGAUUGAUACCUCUUGCUUUCGCAGGUCAUCACUUGAUAAUACGAUGAAUUCAGUACAAAUAGCCGUAGAUAAUUCUUCAUAAAGUCUAUUUAAAUGUGCCCGGAUUAGUGGGCAAUCGAUUGAGCAGUCACAAUUUGCAGGGUUACAUUAAUUAAAUACCCGUUAUACG